AUGGACGCCAUCAUUGCUCAGAUCCAAGCGCUCGCGCAAGACACCGAUGAAGCUGGUCGGUUGAACAUCAUUCAGUCUCUCCAAAGAGCGAAGAUCGAUAUUCAAUCUCCAUUAGAUACCUUCAUGGAGCUUGCAGUACCGGGGCUAACGAGUGCGAUGCUCCGAAUUAGUGCAGAUUUGGGACUCUUUCGCUCUCUCGCGGAAAGUGAUGUGUCCUUGACUGUCGCGAAAAUUGCGGAGCUGACCAGAGCGUCUCCUCCAUUUCUAGAGAGAAUUCUUCGUUACCUAGCAGCAACCCACAUGAUCAAAGAGACCGGAAUCAAUGAGUACAUGGCGAACAGAAUAACUCAUGCUUUGGCGGACCCUAAGGGUGAGGCCAUGAUAUACCAUGGAUUUGACAUGAUUGGACCUGUCAUGCAAGCAAUGCCUGCCUUCUUCGCUGAAAACAACUAUCAAGAUGUCACCGUCAAUACCAACACUCCAUUCCAGAAAGCCCACGACACCAAUCUCACCUCAUUCGACUGGCUUGUCCAGCAGCCAAAGCACUUCGACAACCUGCAAAAGGUCAUGACCGCGCUUCAAGGAUCAGAAUGGACGAGGGAUUUACUCUUUUUAACGAUGAAGCCCAUAAGGUUCCAUCCAAGGGCUUCAGAGAAACCCUUCUUCGUCGACGUCGGCGGCGGCCAUGGCCACCAAUGCAUCGAGCUAGGAAAGAAGUACCCAAAUCUUCUAGACCACCUUGUCCUCCAGGACCUGCCAGAGGCAGUGAAAAACCUCGCUCCCAUCGACGGAGUGAAGGCUGAAGCCUAUGACUUUUUCCAACCGCAGCCUAUCAUUGAAUCAUGCACGAUUGGCCCGACGACAAAGCCGCAACGAUCCUCCGCAAUAUUUCGUGCGGCUAUGGGCCCCGACUCGCGGGUCUUGAUCGAUGAUGCCGUGUUGCCGGAUACUGGCGCUAACUGGAAAUCGGCCAUGGCCGACCUUGCCAUGAUGACCUUUGCUGGUAAGGAGCGGACUAAGUAUCAGUGGGAGUCACUUGCAGAAAGUGCGGGCUUGCGUGUGGAACAGAUUCAUACUUAUGUUGCUUCAACUUAUACAGCUAUUCUCGUUUUUGUUGCGCAGUGA